UAAAACACAAGCUCAAUAAGCAAAAACAACCCUCUUUCCUUUUUUUUAUUUUUCUUCCUCAAGCCUUGUUUUUUCACUCUUCUAUAUUUCUUCUCCAAUCCCCACCCAAAUCACCCCUAACCCUUUGAAAGAUUUUAAUUUGUUUGUUUUGGUGCAAGGAGAGAGAGAGGAGAGUGAGAGAUGGAAAUCAGCUCAAGGCUUCAAGAAAGAGAGAACCACAACCACAUCCAUAACCAUAACCACCCUUCUCCUAUGAACUCUCCAACAAGCAAUGUGAGCAACUGCAUGAGCAGCAGCAACAGCAAUGGCAUCCAAAUCCCAACACCACCACUCACUCCCAAAACCAUUCCCAGAUCUGAUUCCAACCCUUACCCUACCACUUUUGUCCAAGCUGACACCUCCACUUUCAAGCAAGUAGUCCAAAUGCUAACUGGCUCAUCAGACACCACAAAACAAGCAUCACAAGAUCCACAACCACCAUCAUCAUCAUCAUCCAGAAACUUCAACAUACCCCCCAUCAAGGCCCCACCAAAGAAGCAACAAGGAGGCUUCAAGCUCUAUGAGAGGAGGAACAGCCUCAAGAACAGCCUCAUGCUCAACACCUUGAUGCCCAAUUUUGCUUAUAAUCACAACAACAAUUCUCCAAGCUUCUCACCAAGAAACAACAUGCCUGAGAUCCUCUCCCCAAGCCUUCUUGACUUCCCUUCCCUUGCUCUAAGCCCUGUUACACCAUUGAAUGAUGACCCUUUUGACAAGUCCUCCCCUUCAUUGGGGAACUCGUCAGAGGAGGAUAAAGCCAUAGCUGAAAAGGGCUUCUACUUGCAUCCCUCUCCCAUGACCACUCCAAGAGACUCAGAACCACAGCUCUUGCCUUUGUUCCCAGUUACCUCACCUAGAGUCUCAUCACAAUCACCUUCUUGAUCUUGAUGAGAUGAAAAGAGAUUGUGUUCCUGUGCUGUGGAUGAUUGGUUAAUUACAUCAUGGGUUUUUUAUUUUGAUUUGAAUAUGGUUUAUGGUUUCCUCUAUCAACAAGGUACAAAAGCUUUUGUCUAAUUGUAAAAGUGGCUUUCUUACCAUGAAAUGGCAACUCUUUUCUUUAUUCUCCUGCUUUGUUUUCCCACCUCAAAAUAUUGGUAUCUUUUCUUGUUUUCCCUUUCCAUAAAUGAAAAAAAAAGUUUCUUUGUCCAAUGAUUUUUUUUCUAUGUCCAUGUUCCAUCUAGUUCUUGAAGGGUUAUUCUUGUUAGGAAAACAAAUCCUGGGAAUAAUCAUGAGCUAGGGUGUCUCUUUUGAUUGAGUGUGAUGAAUUCAAUGAAUAAGGGUCUUCUUCAAAGUGUGUGUGUGUGUGAUUGCUGAGUCACACCAACCACCACCAGUGAGAAGUUUUGUGUUGAGAUGAAGAGAAUCCAAAGAUGGCAAAUUGAAGAGAAAGACAAGGGAAUGAGGCUGCUUGGAAGGGACACAUUUUACUGGAAAUCAGUGUUGGAAAGGACAUAACCGUAUCCUAAUUUGUCAUCAUCGCAGAAAGAUGCACCAGAAGGAAGAUGGGUGGGUUAAAUUGAUGAAAGAUCGAAGGGUGGUGAGAGUGAGAGGGUCCCUCUUCUUGGUUUGGUUAUAUGCCAAUUUAUUAGUCUAAUCAGUUUCUCAAGUAACUCAAAUCCCAGAUAAUGAUAAUGUGCUUUUGCUUUCUUUUUCUUUUUUUUGCUGACACCUAUCUGGGAAGAAAAACCCAUUUCUGUAUCGGUUUUCAAGUACCUAUCUGAUCAAGAAGUAAAGCAAAGGUGACUUUUUCUUUCUUUGUUUUAUUUUUUAAAAAAUGCAGAACAUUUAUGCAUCA